UGACCACACGGCAGCUCAUCGCAGUGACGUCUCUGUCUCUACACCGGGCGGGAUAUCCGCAGUAGUAAAGCUAGCUAAUAACAUGGCGAAGACUUACGAUUACUUGUUUAAACUACUUUUAAUCGGCGAUUCAGGCGUCGGAAAGACCUGCGUGCUCUUCAGAUUUUCAGAAGAUGCCUUCAACUCAACGUUUAUCUCUACUAUAGGUAUUGACUUCAAGAUCAGAACAAUAGAAUUAGAUGGAAAGAAGAUCAAGCUACAGAUAUGGGAUACAGCAGGACAGGAGAGGUUCAGGACCAUCACAACAGCCUACUACAGAGGAGCCAUGGGCAUCAUGUUAGUGUAUGACAUUACCAACGAGAAGUCCUUUGACAACAUCAAGAACUGGAUACGGAAUAUAGAAGAGCACGCCUCAGCAGAUGUGGAGAGGAUGGUCCUUGGUAACAAAUGUGAUGUCAAUGACAAGCGACAGGUGUCCAAAGAAAGAGGAGAGAAGCUGGCACUGGAGUAUGGUAUCAAGUUCAUGGAGACCAGUGCAAAGGCGAACAUCAAUGUCGAGAAUGCCUUCUUAACCCUCGCCAGAGACAUCAAAGCAAAAAUGGACAAGAAGCUUGAGGGCAACAACCCACAGGGCAGCAGUCAAGGAGUAAAGAUUACAGAACAACCCAAGAAGAGCAGUUUCUUCCGCUGCACGCUCCUGUGAGGAGACGGGAGUGUUGACCACCAUCGCCUUAACUGUAUCCCCCACUGGACAGAACUGGACAGAGCACACUCUGAUCUCUUUUAUCCUACUCCACUUGUCUUCCUCCUUCUCUUCCUGGUUUGUCCUGUGCUUAUCUUCUAGGAACAACAAAAGCUUAUUGCUACCUUGGUUUACCAGUCUUCCUUUGACAUCUGUGGAACUAACUACUGUGGCCUCUGUUACAUGAUAAUUUUUUAUACAGUUGCUCCUCAGAUCUAUGGUUUCAACUUAAUUCCUUAAAAUUUUAUUGACUUUUAAAGACUGCCUCCUUGCGAGACACUUCGAGUGAUCAAACGUUUGUUUGGGGACUUUUGUUCCUUGCCUUCGGGCUAUUAUGGUCUGAUGCCUAGGUGUUUUUUUUUUUUUCACCUGUUGUCACUCGGUGAAGUCUUAUUUAUUCAGUCCUUAUCUGUAAUAGUAGUCCAAAUUAUACUUCCAGAAUAUGCUCAGUAGUCUAAUGGGCUUAUUAAUUUUUAUAUACUUAAUCUGUCAACUAAUGUGACCUACUGUAUGUCUCCAAGGUGAUCAGAGUACAAUCCCAGUUGAGUGCAGUUUUUUUGAACUAUUAUAGUGUGUGUAUGGAUUGGGCGGCCUAUAUUCCUGUAAAUCCACAUUAGAUAAAAGCAACAUGUAAAUAUGUAUCACUGAUUAUGAAGCAUCAACAUAUGAAACAGUAGUGCCAGUGCAUUUUACUUAUCAUAUCAACGUUGAAGUUUACAUGUCUUCUGUCCACCUUUCUUACUCAUGUCUUUCUAUGGAUUUCUUAGGCUGAAACAUUCCAUUCAUUCCUCCUGUGAACACUUUAAUGUGCAAUGCAGUGUAUGUAGAGUCCAGAGUUUGCCUGUCUUAAGUAUUCACACGGUUGCAGUAAGGCUGGGUUCUGGACAGCCUAUGCUUAUUUUAAGGGCACACAGAUUCCCUUUGUAAUUGCUUUCCUCAUUUUAGGUAUUGCAGUGUACUCUUUUAAAAAAGCAGGAUGUGUUUAGGAUCAAAGAGGAACUUUAUUUGAUGCACUUCUACAGUUGACUAGCAAUACCUAACUAUAACACCUGGAGGCAAUGCAGUUACACAGUGGCACAGAAGGAGUCGCCGCGAUGAUAACAUCAUUGAUAUAUGCAUUCAUACUUCUUCCAGUUGUCACUUCCAAUGGGGGAACAUGUACACAACUGUUUUUCUGGGCCUUGGAUAGGGGCUGUGCUGUAGCAGUAUUUAUGGAGUGAAACAAAACGUAGCACCAAAUGACAAAGUGCCCUUUAUGUUCUUAUUGAUUAUGCACUUUUCUUUGUUCUUUCUGUCAAAAAAAAAAGAAAAAAGUUCUUAACAUUUGUUGACUAUGUUUGUUGUAAGUCUUAAAUGAAAGCAAAGAAUA